GCACCAGCCUCUCAGCAGAAUUCUGUCACGAUAAGCCUCUCACUUGAUUUCCCAUCAUCAUGGCUGCAGUCUCGGGGAUAGAUAUACUAUUGAAGGAAAUUCCAUACACCGUUGAGUACCUAGAUGGUCAAGUCGCGUUUCACGUCGCAAACGUAUCUAGAGACGAAGUCCGCGGCGCAAUUGACGCUGCACAGUCCGCGUUCGAGACCUACCGGCGGUUCACCCAUCGCAAGCGGAAGGAGUUGCUUCGGAGGUGGACCGACAUCGUAAGGGCCAACCGCGAUGACUUGGCGGCGAUCUGCACUCUGGAGCUGGGCAAGCCAAUCACCGAGUCAUACGUCACCGUAGACUACGGCCUCAGCUUCCUAGAGUGGUUUCAGGGUGAGACCGAGAGAUUGUAUGGCGAGACCAUACCGGCGGCCAAGGCGGACAACCGCAUCUUCACGACCAGAGAGCCGCAGGGUGUAGUAGCAGCCAUCACGCCGUGGAACAGCCCCAUCGCCAUGGCUCUGCGGAAGGUCGGGGCCGCGAUCGCGGCCGGCUGCACCGUCGUGCUGAAGCCGGCGCCUGAGACGCCCAUGUGUGCCAUCGCCAUUGCGAAGCUGUUUGAGCGCGUCGGCUACCCCGCCGGCACGCUGAACGUCGUCACUAGCGACGGUCCCGGGUCGGCGGCCAUUGGCGAGGAGAUGUGCCAUAACACCCGCGUCCGCCAUCUCAGCUUCACGGGGUCUACGGCCGUGGGCAAAUACCUGAAUGCCGAGUGCGCAAAGACGCUGAAGAAGACGAGCAUGGAGCUCGGAGGCAAUGCGCCUUUUAUCAUUUUCGAGGAUGCUGACCUCGAGAAGGCUGUAAAUGGCCUGAUUUCCUCAAAGUUCCGGUCCUCGGGCCAGACGUGCGUGUGUGCGAACCGUAUCUUUGUGCACCGGUCUGUCAUCGACGAGGUCGCCCGGCUCCUGCAGGCCGCGCAAGAGCAGUUGUUCGUUUUGGGCUCGGUCUGGGACCCCAAAGUCAACUUCGGGCCGCUCUAUUCACAAAAAGGCGUUGACAAGGUGCAGCAGCACGUCGACGACGCCGUUUCAAAGGGGGCGCGGCUGGUCAGCGGAGGAGCCAUCAGGAAAGAGCUGGGUCCCUAUCUCUACCCGCCCACAAUCCUCGUGGACUGUGAUCCUAAGACGAUGCGCUUCGGCAACGAGGAGACGUUCGGGCCUGUGGCCCCACUCAUACCUUUUGACACCGAGGAGGAGGCAAUCAGACUAGCGAACACGUUCCAGAGUGGCCUCGCAUCAUACUUCUACACGGAGAAUAUUUCAAGGCUAUGGCGGGUGGCUGAAGCGCUGGAUACGGGCAUGGUUGGUGUCCGUGUGGGCCUAAUCAGCGCUUGUGAACAACCGUUUGGGGGCAUCAAGGAGAGUGGGAUCGGCCGCGAGGGCUCAAAGUUUGGCGUUGAGGAUUAUACAAAUGUGAAGAGCAUCACGGUGGGAUUGUAA